GGAAGAGGCGACGAACGGUUGGAAUGCUGUGGCCUCCCAUUGGCCUAUUGCCUGCAUGGUCCCCACUCUUUUGACGUACCUUUUGAAAAAAAGACUCUGCCCCACCAAAAAGGAAAAAAAAUAUGCGGCCGCAAGAAAAAAAAAUCACCCAGAAAAAAGCACCCCGCCUUGGCUGCCUGACUUUCUCAUUGUUUCUCUCUUCUCUGCAAAACACGCAUCAUCAAAGGAGGGCUUUCUUUUACUAGAACAAAGUCCGCUAUCUAUUCCUCCAAACCUUGGUGAAUAGACCCUUUUGACAUUCUUCGACACCUUCUUUUUUUAUUAUCGUCCCCCUCCCCGUGUCGACCCUGUCCCUCUGUUGUCUCGAUCGAAACGACAGCCCCGCGAUUUCCACAGAAACCCCUCGCCACAACCACCACAACCACCGCUUUCAAGAUGCCUUCUGCUUCCAAGGAGAAGAGACUCGCCAAGAAGGCCGCUGAGGGCAAGCUCGGCAAGAAGAGCGGCACCUCUACCCCCAAGGGUAAGAAGGAGGUUGAGCUCGAUGCCAACGGCAAUCCCAUUGCCGAUGACUCCCCCGCUACCACCGACCUUGACGCCGUCAAGCGUCUCACCGAACAGAUGGACGAGCAUGGUAUCUCUGACAGAGUCACCACUGGUGUCCUGGCUUCUACUGCCUCUUCCAAGGAUGUCAAGAUCAGCUCCACCUCGCUCGUCUUCCACGGCCGCGUCCUCAUCACAGAUUCCACCCUCGAACUGAACUACGGCCGACGAUACGGUCUUCUCGGUGAGAACGGUUGCGGCAAGUCCACUUUGCUCAAGGCCAUUGCUGCGCGUGAAUACCCCAUCCCUGACCAUUUGGAUAUCUACCUUCUCAACGAGGGUGCCCCUCCUUCUGAGCUCGGUGCUCUUGAGUGGGUCGUCACUGAGGCUCAGAACGAACUGGACCGUCUCGACAAGCUUGCCGAGAAGCUUCUUGAAGAAGAAGGCCCCGAAAGCCCUGUUCUUAUUGACCUGUACGACCACAUGGACAAGAUGGACCCAACCACCUUCUCUACCCGUGCUUCCCUUAUUCUCACUGGUCUUGGCUUCAACAAGGUCACCAUCCACAAGAAGACCAAGGAUAUGUCUGGUGGUUGGAGAAUGCGUGUUGCCCUCGCCAAGGCCCUCUUCGUUAGACCUUCCAUCCUCUUGCUCGAUGACCCUACUGCCCAUUUGGAUCUCGAAGCCUGUGUGUGGCUUGAGGAGUACCUCAAGAAGUGGGAUCGUACUCUCAUUCUCGUCUCCCACUCCAUGGAUUUCUUGAACGGUGUCUGCACCAACAUGAUUGACAUGCGUGGAACCCGUCUUCUCUACUAUGGUGGUAACUACGACUCUUACCACAAGACCCGCGAAGAGAACGAGACCAACCAGAUGAAGGCCUACCACAAGCAGCAGGAAGAAAUUGCUCACAUUAAGAAGUUCAUUGCCAGCGCUGGUACCUACGCCAACUUGGUUCGUCAAGCCAAGUCUCGUCAAAAGAUUCUCGACAAGAUGGAGGCCGACGGUUUCAUCCAGCCUGUUGCCGCCGACAAGGUUUUCACCUUCCGUUUCGCCGAUGUUGACAAGCUCCCUCCUCCUGUCCUGUCCUUUGACAACGUUACAUUCUCCUACUCUGGUAACCCCGAGGAUGACUUGUACCGCAACAUUGAUCUCGGUUUCGACAUGGACUCCCGUACCGCCCUUGUCGGCCCCAACGGUGUUGGCAAGUCCACCCUUUUGCGCCUCAUGACUGGCAAGCUCUCCUCCACGGAGGGUAACGUCGCCCGCCACACUCACUUGAAGUUGGGUAUCUACUCUCAGCACAGUGCUGAACAGCUCGAUCUCACCAAGUCUGCCCUCGACUUUGUCCGUGACAAGUACAGAGAGAAGUCUCAGGACUACCAGUACUGGCGCCAGCAGCUCGGCCGCUACGGUCUCAGCGGCGAGUCCCAGACUGCUCUCAUGGGUACCCUGUCUGAGGGUCAGAAGUCUCGUAUUGUCUUCGCCCUUCUCGCUAUCGACUCUCCUAACAUGCUGUUGCUCGACGAGCCUACCAACGGUCUCGAUAUCCCCACCAUUGACAGUUUGGCCGAUGCCAUCAACGCCUUCAGUGGCGGUGUUGUUGUCGUCUCCCACGACUUCCGUCUGCUCGACAAGAUUGCUAAGCAGAUUCUUGUGUGCGAGAACAAGACCAUUACUGCCUGGGACGGUACCAUUGGCGAAUACAAGAACUACCUGCGCAAGAAGAUGGUUGCCUCUGGCGCCGUUUAAGAGAACGAAGCAUACAAGUCCAAUGAAUAGCAUAAUCAUGAGUCGCACAUUAUAGAGAUGGAAUAUUAGGAAGCCGUCGAAAAACAUGGAAUGAAGGCCGAAACAAGGCUUUUAAAUGGCUAAAAAGAAAGGGGUGCGUGUUCAUCAAGGUCUACCAUCAGAGGCGGCCGACAUGGAGCCGCGAGAGACGUUUAUGACGAGCAUUAGAAGCAACACUUUGCUGCAAAUACCCCUUGGAAAAGUGAAGCCUUUGUAACGGCAUGAGAUGGGAUAUAUACUUGAUGAUGGGACUUUUGGUAAAAAUUUCCGUUUGUUUUUUGAUUUUCAAUGUGCGUUUUUUUCAUGAGAUAGACCAGACCUACUUUUGAUAGUCUUUUUAAGAAAUAAAAAAGACGAGACUUCAAACGCUCAAC